UUCUGGGAGUAGUGGCGGCAGAGGAGGAGGAGACGCAGCGGGGCUCAGGGGUUGAACGGCAGCAUCACUUCCCAAAGUUUGUCUCGGUUAUUUCCUGGAGUCGAACCAUCAACCUGCCGGGUUUGUUUACGUUGUGCGGCUCAGCCGUGUGUAUGCGCUCUGUCCGUCAUUUCCGACCCGACGCGCUCCAGCUCUCCGGCUGGUGUUCACAGACUCGGCUCCGCGAGUAGAAUGUUACCGAGCCAGGUUGGGUCGGCACUAUCUGGGAACGGCUCAGCUUCGGGCAGGGGAACCACAGGGCACGGCGCGGGGGUUGUCGGGAGCGGGGUCCGUCCAGUUUUAGUGAGAGCAGGGCAAGCUUUACAGGGGGUCGGGGAGUGCGCUGCCGGGCGACAAGGGGAGAGAGACGCCAUCGGGAUGCUGGGGGCAAACGGUCCUGGGGGUCCGAGAGGUGUGCGGCCGGGGAACGGGACAGGCGUGACCUCCCUGCAGAGCGCCGUGCAGGGGAGCAUGGUGGGGAUGAACGCGGGGGUCGUGAUGCCGCACGGAGCGCGGUUCGACCCGGACAGAGAGAUCGCUCCGCUGUGCAGCGGCUCGGAUAACGACUCGGACUCCGCGGAGGACGACGACCCUGUGGGUUCACUCGGGGACAGCAGGAGAGGGGUGAAGCGGGAGAGAGGGGAGAUGGAGGCGGCGGUGACGGGACAGGAGGUGGGAGUAGCUCCCGGAGGUUACGGCAUGGUGCCCGGUGGGGUCGCGGGGGCGAAGCCGGGGAAGAAGACACGUGGGCGCGUCAAGAUAAAGAUGGAAUUUAUUGACAACAAGUUGAGACGGUACACGACUUUCAGCAAGAGGAAGACUGGGAUCAUGAAGAAGGCCUAUGAGCUCUCCACCCUGACAGGAACCCAGGUUCUGCUGCUCGUGGCCAGUGAAACGGGUCACGUUUACACUUUUGCCACUCGCAAGCUCCAGCCAAUGAUCACCAGUGAAACAGGCAAAGCCCUGAUCCAAACAUGCCUCAACUCGCCGGACUCGCCGCCACGAUCUGACCCGUCCACGGACCAGCGCAUGAGUGCCACGGGCUUCGAGGAGACGGACCUCACUUAUCAGGUGUCGGAGUCGGAGAGCAUGGGGGACACAAAGGAUUCACUGAAGCCGACGUUCACGGUGGCCAGCCUUCCAGGCAGCACCCAGUCCACAGUACCCACCACCUCCACCACCAUGCAGGUGAGCAGCGGAACUUCGUUUCCCCUCACCAACUACUUGGCGCCCGUCUCGGGCAGCAACAUCAGCGCCAACGGCACCGUCCUCAAGGCCGCCGGUGGCUCCACAGGGGUCAUGCAGCUGCCCGGUGGCUUCACCUUCAUGCCUGGAGCAGGCGUUCCUCAGCAGCUUCAGGCUAUCCAGGUCCACCAAAACAGCUCUGAACACAACCAAGAGAUCUCCCACUCCUCCACAAACUCCACCGCAACGGUGAGUCUCCCAGCAACCAUCGUCACCUCAUCAAUCCCAACGUCGGUGGCGGGUCACAUGAUGUACCCCAGCCCGCACACUGUAAUGUACACCUCCACCCCGGGGCUGACCGACGGGGGGCUGGCCGUGCUCAACGCCUUCUCCCAGGGCACCUCAGCCAUGCAGGUGUCCCACGCACAGGGUCAAGAUGGAGGUGGUGUCCCUCAGGUGUUCCUCACGGCACCUCCAGGCACAGUACAGAUCCCUGUCUCUGCGGUGCAGCUUCACCCAGUACGGCAAGAUCUACAUUUUACAAAUGGUGAUUGGUCAGCAGUCGAGCGGCAGCAGCAGUAACCUGACAGAGCUGCAGGUGGUGAACCUGGACGCGGCACAGAACUCGAAGAGCGACUGACAGACGGCUGGAGCUGUUUAACACAGCAACACAGACAGACAUCUCUAUUUAUUGAUGCCUUCCUACAGAGUUUCCCAUCACACUUCUGAAUGUGACUUUUUAAGUAUAUAUUAUACACAAACACACACACACAAUCAAUCAAUCAAGGGCAUAUGUGUGGCUGACCCUUAUACAGUAUUCAGUAUGUUUUGGUAUAUAAAUAUAUAUAUAUAUUCGCAGAUGCAUAGGAAAAGUAUCACUACACCCAUCCUCGGAACCUGUUUUUAUGCCGUUAGAUGGUGUCUUCUUUAUUUUUUUGUGUGUGAGUGUGGUUUUUGAAAGUGUAAUUAUGUGUACACACACAGCGAGGUGCCACAGCUUCACACCAGCCAAAGAGACAUUUGUUUGUCUGAAUGUUCCAGUGUGAGCAAUUUGUGCACAAGUGUGUGUGUCUGUGUGCACGUGCAUAUCUGCAGUUUGUAAAUGGGGCGGGGAGACGCUUGUUGACAUAGGAGAAAAAAACAAUGAAAAAAACAUUUUUUGAAAUGUACAUAUUUUUUUUUUUUUUAUUGAUGACUUGUAUUUUUAGCCUGGUUUAGUUUGUGCAACAGCAUGUAGUUGUUUUUUACGUAGUGGUUUUUGUAUGUACAUGAAAAUUGUUUGCAUAAUGAAAAUGAAUUAUUUACAUGUAUAUGUAAAUUAAUUUAAUAUACCUUUAUAUCUUGCUGUUGGGAGUUUUCACUACGAGAUGGAGAAAGAUCGCUGGAUGUUUGUUUAACUUUUGUUGAUUCUCACAAUAUCAUCAAGUACCUGGCUCACAAAAUGUAAAACAUGACAUUAUCUAGGAUGUCAGUAGAGUGUUCACCUCCGCCCGGACCCAACAGUCGCCUCAAAUUCUAUCAAGCUGCAAAAUUUCACACACUCAUAGAAAUCAGUCCCCUAAAUGUGCCCCAUUGUUUUUCACUCAGAUCCAUUCAUCAUUCUCUGGGAAAACUGAAAUGUCAAACGCUUUUUUUUUCACAAUGUUGAAGAAGGUGAUAAAAAAAAUCCUUGAUCCCCCUCCUGAUCCAGAUCUGCAACAACAUUGUACAGAUUCUUCCCUCACGCACACUGCAGCCUUCCUCCAAGUUGUGUGGCAAUCUGUUGAGUUGUGUUUGUGACAUCAUCAAUUUCCAUUAUCUCUGUGGCGGAGAUAGUGAUUUGCUCUAAACAUGUUUCAGUGCAGCCUUCGAAUGCGUGAUCGUGUAGUGUGAGUUUUACAUGAGGCUUCUAAUGAAGCUCUGAUGUGGCUCUUAAAAUAUACAGUUAGUUCCAACUAUGACAAUCUGAUGGAAAUGAUUAUCAUUUAUCUCAAUUCUCACCAUAAACCCUUGUAUCUAUAAUUUCCACCAUUGUUCACACAUAAAUAUGAACAUGUCACACACGGGUAAUAUCCUGAUGUGAUUUUUUCUAAAUCCCUUUAAACACGUGAUCGAUUGUAACCCUGUAGAUCGGAUUAGCCUUCAUCAAUCUGUAGAACUUGCACUAUACGGCGCUACUCCUCAUUUGAGUCAGGACAUCGGACACUGUUGCAUUAGACUGUGUGUGUGUGUGUGUGUAGAUUUAAAGAUUCCACUUGAAUACUGCAUUGAAAGCAUCAGUGUUUCCAUGUGUGGAGAUGCUCUGUUAGUAAGUCCAGUCGCUGUAAUAUUACAGCAGGAAUGAGUGUCUGUCUCUCAUUCGACUACAAGGGGAUCUCUUCAUUUGGUCUUUAUUAUUUAGGUUCUAAUCCUUUAACUUUAAGACCCUGUCUGACUGCAUCUCAGUGUGAACCUCAGCGAUCAUAGAGAAUAAGAGUCAUCAGACUGAGCCUUCCCUCUGCACCAUUGUGCCUCUUUUCUGUGGCUGAUUGCUGUAUCACUGCAAGGCGAGUGAAAUGUAGGAUUUACUCGUUUUUUUGUUAAUGUUUCAGAACUCCUCACGUGACUUUGGACCUGUCAUGCGAUCCUCAGCUGCGGCCGCAGUGAGAUUAUUUCAACUCAUUUCUAGAGAAUUAGCUGGAUGAGCGAGCGCGGCCACAGGGCUGGAAGCCAGAGAGUCGGACGGAGGAUGAAGUAGCUGCGCUGACUGAGAGAGGCAGAGGUCAUUUUCACGCUUCAUGUCCUCUGCGCUGUCCCUGAACACGUUCUCAUGUCAUCCUGCUGUGCUGCUUGAACAGGAAAUCACACGCUGAGCACAGCUACUUUUACUUCACUUUAAUCUGGUGGUUAUUAGAAGCUGUGGAUUUAAAAAGAGAUUAUUGAACAGGAUUUGUGGUUUUCACUUUGUCAUUGAGAGAAAUGGAUAUUUUUGUGUAUUUUCUGUUUUUGUUGUACAGACUUUUUGUAAUAAAAACACGAUGAAUUGCUCAAAGAACGACCACAUC